AUGCCCAAAUGGGUGUUCCAUCAUACUCCCGGUGCUUUCACGCCUGAGGAGAAGCAGCAGAUUGCCUGCGGGAUGACGAAGUUAUACUCAAGUGUCGGGCUGCCUCCGUUUUAUGCCCAUGCUCACUUCUUCGAAUUACCACCCGACAGUAUCUACGCAGGCGGGGAAGCUCCCAGUGCUCUUACCACUAUAGCGAUCUACCAUAUCGCUCGGACCUUCGACACUCAGGAAAUCCAGGAUAUGUUUUUCAAGACUCUGGACGACAUUCUUCGACCAAUCCUCAAGCCAAAGCGCAUCGAGUGGGAAAUUGGCAUCUACGAGGGCAAUCGUGAUUAUUGGAGAAUCAACGGUCUCAUCCCACCUGCCACCGGUUCUGAGCUGGAGAAAAAGUGGUUCGCAGCGAACAAGGUUACGGAUGAAGAAGAGCUUCUCAAAUCCCAACCUCAUCCUUGA